CCCCUCCCCCCGCCCUUUUCUCCUUGCACUCCUUCUCUCCUGCGCCUUCUCUGCACCUUGCCUCGCAUGACUGGCCCAGCACGCGAGAUGCUCUCGUGGGCCGAUGACCGGGAGGCCGCGCCGCUGGUCGGCCCGGCCGAUGCCUCGUCCCCGGAGCUGGUGCUCGAUAGGCAGUAUCGCGAGGUGGCGGCCGCCUCGGCAUCGGCCGCGCUGGCGUGUGUCCGGCUGGGGGUCGAGCGCUCGCCUCCGGCGCCGGUUCUUUCCGGCCCCGGCCAAUCAGCCAGCGUGCCAUCUCAGCGACGCCUGCCCAGUUUCCUCGGAGCCGCAUCGCCCCUCAGCCGUCUGGCGGGGACCAAAAAACCGGCCGCCGCUGCCGAGCUCACCUCGACCGGGGAUUCUGCCCCUGCCACUGCCGUGUCUGCCGAUCCGCGCGAAGACUACGUUUCCUCGCCUUCAAUCUUUCUCCUUAACCAUUCCGAUCCAGUCGAUGGCCUGGGCAAAGGCUCCUCACUUGCCCCGGCGUUGGAGUGCACGUUCCCCAUGAACGCCUCAAUCAACCGACAGCUGGUUCUCUGCCGAGAUGAGCGGUACCCCCAGGUGCCCGGGGAGCUGGUGGUGCACAUUAAUAGCCUGGCCAUGGACUCUCGCUGUCCCGAGAGCAUGGCUCUCCUGGCGGCCGUUGGGGGGCGUGAUGAGCUCCACCACCAAUAUCCAUGUCUCGGGCCGGACGCCUGGCAGGGCGAGCCGGUGGUCACCUUCUCGCCGCAACUGCCUGCCCUGAAAACCCUCCAUGUGCUGGGACCAACCUAUGACGCACGGUUCCAUUAUGCCUUUGAGUAUGCCUUGCACUAUUGCUACCUACGUUGCUUGGUUGCCGGCGUGGAGGCCGGCGCGCGGUCCAUUGUGCUCCCGAUUUCGCACUAUGUCGAGACGGAGUUCCGGCAGUCGGACGCUGCUCAUAUUGUCCUGCGCACCAUCCGGCGCUUUCUCGAGCGUCACGGCGACCUCCUGGACACUAUCACCCUGUGCAUCAGUGAUCCGCUGGAUGCCUUUUACUACACGCAUCUGGCAUCGGUGUACUUCCCUCGGGAUCCGGAUGAGGAGCUCUUCUCCCAGGCCCUCUGCCCGGAGGACGUCGGCCGGCUGGAGUCCGGCGAGCCCAUCCGGCCGGAGCACUUCAAGCAAUACCGCCUCGCGGAAAAGAUGUCCGGAUUCUUUGGCGAUGCUUACCUGUCCGGAUCGUACAUCCCGAUUCGAGGUCUCCCCCUCACGCCCACCGGCUGUCCCCUGACACGGGACUUCUUCUUCGAUGGCAGCCGGUCGGUCCGGUACUUGGAGAUGUCCGGCUACUUCUCACGCGAGUUUGUGAACUGCACGGUGGCCUCUUUCGAUGAAAAUCGACAGAAGGAGCUCCUGUCCCUCCGUCCGGUCUUUAAUUACGCCCAUGUCAUGUCGAAUCUGGAGAAAAUCAACUUCACCGAGCUCGAUGCCCAGCGCUUCCUCUACGACACGGGGUACUUUGACCCGGCGCGUCGGCGAAUUGUUUCCCUCGUUGGGGCAAACAUUACCUUCGGGCAAAUCACCACCGAAAAACUCCUGGCUUUCGUGGUCCACGUGUUGGACAAACUGGCCAACAAUCCAUUUGUCAUUGUUUAUUUUGAGACAAAUUGCUCGGCAGAAAACCGGCCCUCCUACGAAUUCAUCCGCACGAUGUACCGCUUCCUGCCUCCGAAAUACCGGCGAAAUCUCGAAUUCUUUUACGUCAUUCACCCCUCCUGGUGGACGACUUUUGCCUCGACGCUGACGGGCACCAUCUUUGCCGGGGGCAUUUCCUCCAAGGUGGUCCCCUUGAAGAUGGGCCUGCGCGAGUUGCAGCCUCUCCUCGGCGUGUCGGAUCCGAUUGUGUGGGGCCGGAUCGUGCCCAAAUUCGUGGCACUUCACGACUUCACCCUCCACGGAGCCAACAACCUAGACCGGGCGCCUUAUCAGCCCUCAAGGCGCUGAAGCUUCCCACCCCGCCAGGCUCGGAGCAGCAUGCUCCCUCUGGCGAAUAUAGAGAUCUAGACCAGCGAGACACAAACAUCCGCCUAUGCGCCGGGCAAUGGACCAUGCGCGCCCAAAUUGGUGUAUUAGUUCGAAUUAAGUCCCACCGUCAUGGGAUCACAGGCCGCUGAGGAAGUCCUGCAAAGACUGACCGCCGGCCCCGCCGGCCCCGGUGACCUCCGUACUCUUGGCCCUGUUGAGAAGCUGCUUCAGUGCCUGCUUAUGGGACUGGCGCGGAGGGUGACCCGGCGCAGCAUGACCCGGUGCGGCUUGGCUCCGCUGGGCUGACUGCGAAGGCGGCCGCAGACCCGGCUGGGAGGGGUUCCGCUGGGUCGGCUGGGAGGGGUUCCGCGGGGUCGACUGGCGGGGCAGGCCUGGCGGCUGGGACGCCCGAAAGGCGAAGCGCUCGGAUCCGGCGCGGUCCGCGCCGGCGGCAGCGGGACUGGGCCGUGUGGAGGGCAACCGCGAGGCGGCAGUCUCCAAAGUCAGGGCUUUUGCACGGAUGGCUGCCCGGAAGGCAGCCUUAGUAUCAACCGUCUCGGCAACCGGGGUGGCCUGGGGGAGGUAUGUCCCCUCGCUUUUCAGCUGGCGCUUGGACUCACGCUGGGCGCGUGACAUGUUGGAUGCAUGGCGGCUCAGUCGAGCCGUGUGUUGAGCAAGAUUGCCAAUCAGGUUAUCCGAGGAGGGGCUUGUGGGCCCGCGUGCGCGGGAGGCGGCAGGCUCGGGCUUGGCGGUGUUGCCAGCAGCCGGGGCCCGCCGCGAUCCGGGCAAGGCGCGAAUGCUGCUGCACCUCUCGCACGGAGCGGCCUACAGCCAUGGCAUCAGAGUCAGUCCGACCGAGAGGGAGAGAGAGAGAUAGAUAGAUAG